AGCUUUUAUUUUGACAUCAACAGAUUUUUCGAUUCAAACGCGCAUUUUGGUAGAACACUAAAGAAAAACACCUGUAAAAUAUCGACCAGCUAAAUCGGAGGCCUAGUGAAAAAAAAUAGAAAAUUUAAAUAUAUUUUUCCAAACUAAGUUGACAAGAAAGUAUUUUAUUCCGUUUUACUUUGCAGCGACCGCGUAAGCUUUACGGCUUUACGAAAGAAGCUGUUUUCCACUCUGCGCGCCUUUUCUUUCAACGGCGGAGAAAAAACUGCAAAGCGCAGCUUCUUUAUCGGCAUGGAGAAAAAACAGUCAACCAAUCUCAUUCCACCAGGAGACAAACCUCUCCCAGUCUGUUCUAGAACAGUUACCUGUAACCAGAAGGACAGCCCACUUCCUCCAAAGUCUGGAAAGUAUGGCAAUUUACAAAUCAAGGUGCAGGUGGAGAACGAUUUGGUAAAAAAACAAAAGUUUGAAGAUUGCAGCACCGACUACCGAAGCCCCAAGAUAAAGGCAAUAAGUCCAAAUGCAUUUUCUCCAGACCUGGGUUGCUUCAUGGACCACUCCAGCCCUGCAGGGCGGGAUUCAUCGUCCACUUUUACCCCCUCUCGCCCUAAGCUGAAUGAAAAAACGCAUGCUUCAGCGAGGGAUCUCCGAGAGGUCCUCGGCUCUCCGGUGCCCAUGAAACACGUGGAUCUCAGGUGCAAGAUGGAGUCCAAAUGUCCAAGAAUUUCCUCUGAUUUUGAUAAUGAUGUCGAUGACAUCCUCUGUCUUAAUCCCUUGAGACAGGAAGAACAGCAGAAGCUUCUUCCUGUCUUAUCUUUCAUAAACAAUGUUGAUGAUGACAAUGAGGGAUGUCCGGCCGAAACUGCAUCGAAGCAGCAGCUUCCCCAAGAAGCCUUGUUUUGCUCUCGGCACUUGUCCUUUCUGGAGGACGAUUUGAAGGAAAGCAGCACUCGGCCUUUCCCAGGGCCUGUGACUAGCAGCUGCUUGGAAGGAGUCGUGAAAGAACCCUGGAACAUCGGGGCACCAAAAUUUGAGUCAUCUGUUUGUGAGGGAAGUCCUGCAGUUGAGCACAGGAACCGGGUCUCCCAAGUUCAAGAAGAUUCAGUUUUUGUCGACGAACUCAGCACCACAGGUGACUCGCUCUGGGAGACAACGCUGCCCCUGCAGGUCCAGGUGAAAUCCAAAGUGGUGGUGCCAAGCAAAAAUUUACUUCAAGCCAGCAGUACCGAGGACUACAGCAGAGCACAAAACAGACCUACAGUAUAUGGCAGUAAGUCUGAGUUGGAGCAUCAGUGCAGACCGUAUGUCCCUCCUGUCAUCAGUCACAUGAGGGAGGAUGAAGAAACGACUGGAGCGAUGACUGAGCUUCAGGACCUGAUGAGCAGCGUGCCGGGACAGAGCCGCUCUCACGGCGCCAGGUGGCAGCACCCUUCAGACCUC